ACGGUGCAGGGGUUGUUCCGGGUGUUCGCCUGUAAGCGCUUUGGUCUUCGCUAAAUUUGACUUCCUAAUCAGAUUUUAGGCUCCUUCCUUACAAAAUCCAGGUUUGACUUACAGUUUGCAGCCUGAGCGAAUCGACCCCUCCCCUCCUGGUCUCGGUGGAACGUCCUGGGAUGUACCAAAAGGUGACAAGGGGGAGAUGUCCAGGAAGGUGCCAACGGGAGGCCACCAGGUGGUGCUGUAAUUUAACAGAGUCGACCCUCCUCUCCCCGCCCCACCCCGCCACACACGCGCGCACGCGCCUCCGCCCCGUGGUUUGCAGCCGAACAUUACCGAGGGUGCCAAUGGGCCGACCCGGGUGCGAGCCCGUGUACCGGCUCUGGUUUGGAAGGUGCCAAUGUGUGCCUGCAGGGGGCGCUGCCUAGCGGCUCGUCCUCACUAACGCGCAGGAUUCCUGAGGCACCCGCUUCCGUAAGGCGAGUCGUCCGCCGCAGCUUCCUGUGCGUCACGUCCGGUUCCCUCCCACGCCCGUGUGUCCUGCCCGCGGGCCGCCAGGGGGUGUGUAGCCCGGGCCCUGGGCUCGGAGGCGUCUCUCCUCGGUGUGAGGCUGCUCGGCCCCAAGUCGGCGGCGGCGGGAACCUGCAGUGUCGUCCGUGGGCGUGGGCGGAAGGCACUGAAUAACUCCAGUGGCAUCCCUCAGAACUGAGCCCCAGCGGGGACUGGCAUCACCCGUCCUGGAGUCAGCCCAGGUCAAGUCAGAGGCCGUUGGCACCAGGCAGGGCUGGACGCACAGGGUUUGACUACAUAGCCCUGCUAGCUUGGAACUCAUUAUGUGGAACAAGCUAGCCUGGAUCUCACAGAGUUCUAUCUCCCUCUACCUCCAAAGUGGUGGAAUUAAAGAGGAUGAGUUCAUGACUAUCAUGGAGAGCGUGGCAGCAGGCAGACAGGCAUGGUGCUGGAGCAGUCACUAAGAGCUUACAUGCUGAGAUAACAUUGAGGCAGAGAGAGGCUCCUUGGUGUGCACACUGCCUCACCAGAGAACAAGGACCAGUUGCCUAGAAUGUCAUGAAUUCCUGAUGAAAGCUAGUGUAAUGAUUGUCCUGGGAGAAAGAGAUGGUUGAGCAAGGCCUUUGCUUCCCCACUUUGUUGGAGACAGGCAUGUUGGGGUCCAUCCAUAUUCAUGCAGACAAAGACUGCGGCCUCCUCCAGCUGUGUCCCUCUGCCUGGGCAGUCACUUUGAUCCAUGUGGUCCAUCCUUGAGAUUUACUUUUCACAAGUGCCCUCAGCAUGUCAUCAGCAAAAUCCCAAGCACUGGAAGAGACAGUACCCGGCUGCGAAGAAGAUGUGAAAGGAAAAACACUUCUCCCUUGGGGCCCCCUUUUUGGUCACCGGAGUGAGAAGAUUGUCUUUACCAAAGGUGAUGGUAGUCCAGAGGAGAGCCUGCUCACCGUCACCAUCACAGAGACUACUGUCAUUGAGUCGGACUUGGGUGUGUGGAGUUCACGGGCUCUCAUCUACCUCACGCUGUGGUUCUUCUUCAGCUUUUGUACCCUGUUUCUCAACAAGUACAUCCUGUCCCUGUUAGAGGGAGAGCCCAGCAUGUUAGGUGCUGUGCAGAUGCUGUCAACGACAUUAAUUGGAUGUGUUAAAAUAUUUGUUCCUUGCUGUUUGUAUCAACACAAAACCCGGCUCUCUUACCCACCCAAUUUCAUCAUGACUAUGCUCUUUGUGGGCCUCAUGAGGUUUGCGACAGUGGUUUUGGGGCUGGUCAGCCUGAAGAAUGUGGCAGUAUCCUUUGCGGAGACCGUGAAGAGCUCGGCUCCCAUUUUCACAGUGAUCAUGUCUCGGAUGAUUCUGGGGGAGUACACAGGGCUGUUGGUCAACCUGUCACUCAUCCCGGUCAUGGGAGGACUAGCAUUGUGCACCGCCACUGAAAUAAGCUUCAACACCCUGGGGUUUUCUGCUGCAUUAUCCACCAACAUUAUGGAUUGUUUGCAGAAUGUCUUUUCAAAAAAGCUUCUCAGUGGGGACAAAUACAGGUUCUCGGCCCCGGAACUGCAAUUUUAUACCAGUGCUGCUGCUGUGGCCUUGCUGAUUCCAGCAUGGACCUUCUUCAUGGAUGUCCCAGUGAUUGGCAGGAGUGGGAAGAGCUUCAGCUACAGCCAGGACCUCGUGCUGCUGCUGCUGACAGAUGGCGCCUUGUUUCACCUUCAGAGUGUCACUGCAUAUGCCCUUAUGGGAAAGAUCUCCCCUGUGACUUUCAGUGUCGCCAGCACUGUGAAGCACGCCUUGUCUAUCUGGCUCAGCAUCAUCGUUUUCGGCAACAAAAUCACCAGCCUGUCUGCCAUCGGCACCAUCCUUGUCACAGUGGGUGUCUUGCUCUACAACAAGGCCAGGCAGUAUCAGCAGGAGACCAUGCAGAGUCUGGCCACAGCCACUAGCCGGGCCCCAGAGGGUGACACAGAGUCGCUGGUUCCCCAGGACUCUAGACAGCACCACUGAGCUCGUUCUGAUGCUGUGUCCCCUGGAAACCAGGCCUAGACUGUCCUCCUGCACUCUAUGCUGGAAUAGAGAGGCAGACUACAUGGUCAGGUCUCUUGCUCCUCACUCGACAUGAGGUGAGGAAUUUGGGGAUGAGCUUCUGCCUGACAGAGCCCUGCAGGAGGAAGCAUAUGGCCUGCAGCUACACUGGCACGCUGCCCAGGCUGCAAAUGGGCCAAUGACUCAGUGGGCCAACUGUGCAUUAAGCACAGGUUCCAGUACCAACAUGAAUUGCUCUCUACUUGAUGCCAUCCAGGAGACCUCAACUUGGUUAUACCCACCACCACCACCGGCACUGAAGCCUCCUGGUUCCUGACCCUCUGUGAAACAGAAAUCUCAGAUGCCAAUGACUCUAGCAUGGAGCCACAGAACCCUGGGAAACCAGAGCGGCAGACAAGUGUCUCCUUCCACAGAGGGACAGUGCUUGUGUGAAGGGAGAGUCUCUCCUUUGGGCCUGUGUUACACUGAUCUACCCCACUCCAGGUUUGCUGUCUCAUGUUUCUGCUACCCUUUUGGUCAUUUCUCCAACUCUGGGAAGUAGGCGACAGAUCUCUAAUUAGAACAGGUGCCCAGGAGUUCUUUUCCAUCUUGGGUAUGAUGAAUGUGAAGCAGGCUGUUCCAAAUGACAUAGUUGACCACCCCGCACGAUUCCCCUUCAAGAUGGAUAGUAGGAAAGUGUAGCAGAGACUUUGAGUGUUUACAGGUUAUGUUGCAUUUAAAGUGACACUGCUUUUUAACAAAGCAGGCACCUGUAAAAGCUUCUGGAGUGUCUGCAUGUAAGGUGAAUGAGUCUAUGUACAUAGCAGCCUCUUCCCAGGGAUCAUAUGUGUCACUUCCUGAGCCACCAGGUGCCCAGAGCCUGUCCCUCCUCCCAGGGUCACUAGUGUCAGAGCUCAAGGUGUCUGAGUAGUGGAGGCUUGGGCGGCAUGAGAUGCUGAGGUUCUUCUACCUUAUCAUUUUGUGGGAUCUAAUGUAUGGUGCAAUCCAUGGCCAGCCAAUCUUUCUCUCUCCAUUGACCCAAACUCUGAGACUUACGAACCUUAGCCACUGGCACUUCUUGUUCCAAGUCUCACUUCUCGUCUCUGCGGUACAUCUGCAGUGCCCAUGGUGGCUCACUGAUUUCCACGUUGGGCUUCUUGCCUGGAAAAUAUGAGAUAGAUUGAGGCGAAAAAGAGCAAUAAAAAGUUUAUUUACUUGAAAAAGUCUGCUAUGAUGAUGGAUCAAAAUGAGGCCUUUAUAUCUACAAGCCACCUGUUAAAGCUGUAACGCUGACUUGUAUUCUGGACACAGGCUAGGUGUGUUCUCCCUGAGCUGUGUAAGGUCAGCACCACUGUGCAGGUGUUCUCUCGUUUCACUUUGCCCAGCUUUCUGGUUCCUUCCUCUUUGCCUUUCCCAAAAUAAAGGUCCAAUGGAGGGUAGAUGAUGGAUCCCUCUGGCCUUCCUACAGACCUUGACUAAUUAUGCUGAGAGCCCCAAAAGACUGGUUUCUGAGUAGUAUUUGGAAUUUCUGUCUCUGUGUCCCAUGUGGAAUUAGGAAAUGGCCCACGGUGACAUGCUCUGUCUACCCCUCCCCAACUUCACCAGCCUCUCAGCCUGCUUUGGUUUUCUAAGUUUGUGGACUAGAAACAGAAACAAAGAUUUUCUUAAAGCAAUUUAUUGUAAAGCUCCUUUGAGACUUGUCCUCAUCAUAGGCAGAAGGAUCAUAGAAUCUGUACUAAAGCCAGCACCAGUACCCUGUCCAGUUUACAUUCCAUCUACAUCAUUGCCACACAUGGUCACUUCUUCCAGCAUCUCCAGGACAGGCAUGGAUCGAGAGUCCUGGAAGGACCCUGCUUGGCCAUUUGUUAUGACCAUACUGUCACAAUAUUUUUUAUUAACUUUGAGUACUUUUAUAGAAUUCUAUGUUCUUAAGAAUUGUUGCUGAUGUACAUGUAGAAAUAUCAACACCAGGUCUCUUUACUUUU